UCUACUGGAUGCCAAGACUCUUCAAGUUAUUUGGCUUAACUUUAAAUUCUCCGAAUGUGGUUUUCAUCGAUGUUGUAGAGCAGACCAUAGCAUCCAGAAAGGCGGGAAUGAAGCGUGGAGACUUUCUGGACCUACUAUUGGAGGCAAGAGACCAAUCUGACAACCCCAACAGUAAACACGUCUUGACUGACCUCUCUAUGGUGUCCCAAAGUGUGCUUUUCAUCAUUGCUGGAUAUGACACCACUGCCUCCUUGCUGGCCAAUUCUUCCUUCCUGCUAGCUAAGAACAAGGACCAGCAGCGACGCCUCCGAGACGAGUUGCGCCAGAUGGUUGCAGAGCACGGCAAAAUCACCUACCAGGGAAUCAUGGAGGCCAAAUUUCUUGACGCUUGUCUUCAAGAAUCACUCCGUCUAUAUCCUUCAGGUGCAGUGAUAGAGCGUCUCUGCACCAAAAGUUAUAAGUUACCCGGCACUAAUCUGACUAUUAAGCCAGGAGACUUGGUGGGGGUGCCCUUCUGGAGUAUUCAACACGACCCCAACAACUGGCCCAACCCUAAGGCGUUCAUUCCAGACCGCUUCCUGCCUGAGAACAAGGGUGACAUCAAACCCUUCACUCACAUGCCCUUUGGAAUUGGUCCUAGAAACUGCAUAGCCAUGCGAUUUGCCCUGAUGGAGGCCAAGAUAGCCCUGUCCAAGCUGGUGCUGGAGAUGGAGAUGGAUGCACCAGGCCAUGAGGAAUUAGUUCUAGAGUCAGUGAGUGGGUUGAUGCGCCCCAAGGAAGUAAUGCUGCUGCUGAAGCCAGUCAAGGAAGAAUGAAAAGAGGACAGCAUCGUGAGGAGGGCCAAUUCAAGGAAGAGAUAGCACAAAACAAGGAGAGGACCAGACCGCCUUCAAAGCGUUAUUACUCACCAGGGAGGCUGGACUGAAUAUUGAAUAUAACAGUUUUUUUUAUCAAA